UAAUUCUGCUCCUAUUGUGUAAUCCACAACAAGCCAGGCUGCCCCACUCUUUCUGCGUGAUGUUGCACAAGUGGUCGAAAAUGAAGCACGGAUAGUGGAUUAGAUGUUAAUUUGGAUUCAGAAAUCACUCCCAGGCGCGUUUUAAUUGAUUUGUGGUGGGUAGAAAGAGAACAAGAACGUGACCAGGCACCCAAAGCUUGUGUUACGCAACCGCUGACCUACUAACACACAUUGCAAGACUGUGUGUGAGUAUGUGUGUGUGUGUGUGCGUGCGUGUGUGUGUGAGAGAGAAACUGGAGCAAGGCAUCCGACAUGAGGACACGAGUCGGGGAGGGAUUCUCAGCAAAUAGCAGCACACCGUCCACAGAGGAGGGAGUCCGGGUUAAAGUUAGUCACGAAUUUACUGAAGAAUCACUGAAAUCUGAAGACUGGACUGAAAUCAGGGCAGCGGCUGAACGCGCCACUUUCUGAGGGGAGAACAAAAAGCCCACAUUUUCACCCCAAAUCGGAUUCUUCUUUUCUCAAUGAAGCGAGCAGCCCUUUGUUUCGUUGCAUCUCGAGACUGAGUUCCAGUGGAACCUAGACAGGCGUAUCAACGGGCCAACCGGAUCCUUCCAUAAGAGAAAAUUCACAUCCCUACCACCACCAUCCAUCAUACUAUUUGUAGACUAUUUCUUAACAUUCACAAAGACUUGUCAAAUGAGGGACAUCUUUAUCGAGUUCCACCUCUUCCUAAUCUUUCUUGCCAAUUUAGACACUUGAAGAUUCUGACAAUAAAUCUGAACAGGAGAGAAAAGAACAAGCUAACUCAACAAGAUUCCUUCUGGGAGGAACACCGGAAUGAGAACCCCACACCCAUUAUUCAUCAACUAAUAUUUAAAGCUCUGUUUUCAAUGUCAGCUGAGUCCAACUCUGCAACAAUACAAUGGAAAAUCAAAAUCAGUCUGUUCAAUCCACUAAUGACAACUUGGACACGUUAGACACUUAUUCAAGUUACAAUGAGGAUUUGUCAUCACCUCCAAUCAGCAACUCUUCUCGGCAAGGUAGGCUCAUUAAACCAAAGCCCAACGCCAACUGUCGGCGAAAGCGGGAAUUCAUCUCAGAAGAAAAGAAAGAUGCAUCCUAUUGGGAAAAACGCCGCAAGAACAAUGAAGCUGCCAAACGGUCUAGGGAGAAACGUAGACUCAACGACAUGGUGCUGGAGAACAGGGUGAUUGCAUUGAAUGAGGAGAACAUUCGCUUGAAGACUGAACUUCUGCAGCUGAAGCUCAGAUUCGGGCUCAUCAGCACAGCCUCAUACAUGGAGAAGUCCCAACAGAUCAGCAGUGGGACUGAGGUUGGUGAAAGCAACGGUACAUCUGGGGGCAAACCUGGAAACCCCUAUUUCUCAAGCAGCGGGUACUCCAGUGCCUCUCAGGUCAUGAUGAACUCAGAUUCCUCAGAGGCAGAACAGUCUACACUUGGUGAACGUCACACCCCAUUACCCAAGUAUUCCCCUCGUGGCUCCCUGUCUGACAUGUCUGACGGAUCAUCUCGGGACAGCCCUGAGCCAAUGAUGUAUGAUAUUAAGCGAGAAAGUUCAGGUAUGGACAUUACCAGACUUGAGACAAGUGUUCUGAAUGGCAUGUUCAGUGGUCAUCAUGGUCUCAGCCAGCUACAGAACCGUCAUCUCCACGGAGCGGACAAUCAAGAAUCUGUUACCAGCCCUUCUACUCAGCCUGCCACAGCCCAGAGAAGCGUGAUCCUGUACCGCUCUGGCAGCAAUUCUUACCCAGUUGAAAGCCAGAGGGUUGAAGGUGCAGAUCAGCACCCAGGAUUGCUGUCACAGCAGAAUGGACAAGUGUCUCAUGUCACCCAAACAGGAGGAUGCCUCCCUGUUAGAGCAGAUGGUUUAGAGACCCUUUCAGAGGUUGCUCAACAGCUAGCAAGGCGGUCUUUGGAUUCACCAAAUUAUGAAUACACUAAAGGCAAGCUGGAUCAUGAGGAAUUAGAGCGUUUUGCACGCCUGGAAGAGCACCAAACAGAGGCACUAGAAGCUCGUAAAGACUCUGGUCCAAACUCCUUUGCCCCAGAUUUGCUCAGUGAGACUGGCAAAGCUCACUUGUACCAGCAUCAGAUCCCCUACCUCACCCCUAUGGAUGAAGAGCCACCAGUUCUGACCUACGAAGGUGAUCCCAGAGCUGACGGUUUCUAUCAAGAGCACACCUCUUCAAACAAGGACACAUCCUCAAGUGAUGGAGACCCUCGCAGCUCAGACAAAGAGGCCUCCACCGAUGACGAAUCCCCAUCAUCCUCUUCCUCAGAAACCGGUGGCUACCAUGCAGGCCAUUUGUCUGCUUGCUGCCCAGCUACCGGCAUCAGUGGUGCUUGCCAAAAUGGUGAAAGCCAAGCAGAGGUGAAAACUACAGCGCUGCCGCACAAGCUAAGGUUAAAAUACAGAGCAAUGUCCAACAGUGGUACCCAGGAUUUUCCUGUCUGUGCUGCAACCACCACAGCCGCCUCACCCAGUUCAACACUGCCUCAACACCCCUACCUGGCUGUCACACAGGUCAACCAGCAGACAGGAAAAGAGGAAGAGCUUGAAGAAACCGAUGAACUGAGCCCUCAGCAGUCCCCUUCCAAACCAAGCCUAGGAGGCAGGAAGGAAGGUGGAAAGAAGGGGUCAGGUGGACGAGGCAGCAGAAAUAAGAGACGUGAUUAAAAGGAACUGACUUUGACUUUUCGGUCCAUUGAUACCUUUAAAUGUCCGUUACAAAGUAAACACUAAAAUGACACCUAUACACUAAUGCAUGAAAAUACAUGGUUUUACACUAACCAGAGGGUCAAACUCUCAGACUCAGACUAUCUGUUUUUAAGAAAGUUCCCUUUCCUGUCCCUUUUUACUGUCCUCACUAAAGCACUUAUUGACCACUUAAAUUAAGUCUGAAUCAAAAGGGGUUAGUGAAGUUCUUUUUCUGUUAAAUCAAGUAAAAAGAACGAUUUGUUUUUCUUAAACUACCUAUGCUGACGUUUUCCAACCCCUCUAAAUGUUUCCAGUUGUUCACUUCAGGAACCAAAGACACUAGAACAAGAAAACACUUACCAGACUUGCUGUCCUCCACAGUCCUUUCACCUUUACGUUCCUCAAGCAUUUGGAUUGUAUAAUACUGUGAGAUAAUUAACAUAUCAUAUUUAAAUAUAUUUUAUGAAAAAAAACAGUGAAAACCGUAAAAACAAGGUAAGGCGGAUGGGAACCAAAAGCACUAUUUCUUAGGCCUGGAAUUUCUCUGUCGUUGUAUCAUAAGUACACGUUGAGGUAAACUGUUUUCAUUAUGUUUUGGUUCAAGUGUAUUUUAUGUCAAAAAAAAGAACAUGUUUGUGAUUCAGCCACCAAUAGGCUAUGAGUAAGUGAACCUGUCUCCAUCUUGUCAUUUUCGCUGUGACAUAGAAGCACUUAGGAAGAAAAGACUAACUGAUCUGUCAUGGAGGUCACUGUGAUCAACCAGUAAAGCACCUUCAUCUGCCCAAAACAGUGAUCACCUUUAAAACUGUCUCCUCAGAGAACACUACAUUGUGUAAAAAACUACAGUGUUUGUUAGUAUACUGAGACAGCCGUUGUGGUUUCAUAGAUGUUUCAUGCACUACCUCAUUAAGACAAACAAGUGUUAUGAGUGUUGACGUCUGUUUCUAUUCAGAAUAUGCAUCGUAGCUUCAUCAGACUCACCCAGUAGUCGCUGUGCAAACAAAACACUACAAAAUGCUGCAUUACACUACAACAUGGACAUGCCCAUCGGAAUACAAACAGGAAGAAAAACCAGCAUCGAUCCCUUUGUCCUGUUAACCUCUUUAUUUUUUUAUCACAUUGAGUAGCUUAAUGUUGCUCCUGCACUGAAACAUACGAUUUUUGUAUCUGUGUUGAGUGUUUGCAAAACAGGUGCCUGCCACUGGACUUUGUGUACAAAUGUAAAGAAUUUUUCUCUUUUGAGUAAAGUUUUUAUCAAGUUUAUUUUGGCAUUCUAUGAUUAUUAUUAUUAUUAUUAUUAUAUUUUUAUUUUAUAUUUCCAUUCUAUUAUAUAUUAUAUAUCUAUAUCUAUCUUGUCUCCAUUUGUCUGUUCUCCUGAAUGUGAUCGUUGUGUAGUCUUAGAUGUCCGCCCAUAUUCCACUGAUGUUCCCCAGACGUACCAGUGUGGUGUUUGCAAAUGUUUUAAGAAUCAAAAAGAAAAAGAUUGUUGCAAGGUCAAAGUUGGAGUUCUGUUAACAGUACUUGGAGUGAUGGUUAUGGUGAGAAGAUGGUGACAAAAAAUAAAAUUUGUUGAAUUAUA